AUGAUGAUAAACACCACACAGGUCUCCUUUUUCACCCUUGCUGGCUAUUUUGACACAGGACGUGUCACUUACUUGUGCUUCAUUGUUAUUCUUGCUUUGUAUAUUUUCAUUGUAGGUUCCAAUGUGCUGCUGAUUGUGGUUAUCUGUGUGAACAGAAGCUUACAUGAACCUAUGUACAUGUUUCUGUGCAGCCUGUUUGUGAAUGAGCUGUAUGGUAGCACAGGGCUGUUUCCGUUCCUCCUGCUUCAGAUCCUCUCUGAUGUCCACACUGUUUCUGCUUCAUUUUGUUUCUUGCAGAUCUUCUGUGUCUAUGCAUAUGGAAGUAUUGAGUUUAGUAACUUGGCUGUUAUUUCUUAUGACAGAUAUCUUGCCAUCUGCUGUCCUCUGCGAUAUCACACAUGUAUGAGUUCUAGUAAGGUAUCCGUGCUCAUUGCAUUAACAUGGUUGUUGACUUUUUUUGCAAUAAGUGUUUUAAUUUCUUUGAGCUCACAUCUGCAGCUGUGUGGGAACAUCAUUAACAAAGUGUACUGUGACAACUACUCCAUUGUUAAACUGGCCUGUUCUGACACCACAGCCAAUAACAUCUAUGGACUGUUCUACACGUUCACUUUAGUUCUUCUGGUAACUUUAAUUUUUUACACCUACAUUAGGAUCCUGAAAGUCUGUUUUUCUGGAUCCAAACAGACGCGACACAAAGCCGUCAGCACCUGCACGCCUCACCUCGCCUCACUGCUCAACUUUUCAUGUGGUGCUUUUUUUGAAAUUAUACAAAACAGAUUUGAUAUGAGACAGCUCCCAAAUAUGUUGCGUAUUUUUUUAUCAAUAUAUUGGCUGACGUGCCAACCACUCUUCAAUCCUGUAAUCUAUGGGCUAAAUCUGACCAAAAUCCGAGUCUCAUGUAAAAAUGUAAUUCGUAGAAUGAAGGUUUUUACACUUUGUCACAAAUCAAACUUUAAAAUAUAA